AUGGCUCAUUCACCAAUACAUGGCAGAAUAACAGAGACUGAAGGUGAUCUGUUCGACGCUCCAGAUGGAGCAGCAUUGAUUCACGCCUGCAAUUGUCAAGGGUCUUGGGGCAAGGGGAUCGCCCAAGCAUUCAAGAACAAGUACCCUGCUGCUUUUACAAUUUACAGAGCUCACUGCCAAAACCUCCUGUCUAAAGCCAGCUACAGGACUGUCAACCCGGUGCCAGAUGAAGGAUCCCUCACAGGGAACUCCAGAAAAGUACGACUACCAGAAGGUACUGCCUUGGUCAUCCCCCCUCAAGAACAUGACCAUAUGGGACGUCACAAGAAGCACUGGAUCAUCUGUCUGUUCACAUCGCGGGGUUUUGGCAGGGGAGUCAGUUCCCCCGCUGUCAUUAUCCAAAACACCGAACUUGCAGUCGUGGAUAUGAGGCGUCAGAUUGCUGAAUUACACGCGGAGGAAGGCUUGGGCGGAUUCAGCGGUGAGCUGUGGUCUUGUCGAUUCAACUCUGGCUUGUUUGGAGUUGACUGGGCGCUAUCCCGGAAGGUGUUGGAAGAUGCUGGGUUGGAGGUUACGGUUGUCAGUCCUCGUGAGGGAUGA